AUGGCCCCUAGACAUCUCCGCUUAGCCUCCAGAAGAGUAUCCUCUAAGUUUAUUCUCUUCAUACUGCUGAUACUUGUGGCAACUUGUGUGAUUGGAAUCCUCAUACAUGCCCAGCAUAUCUCCUACCUUUUCCGUCCACUUUGGGACAAUCCACCUUCUCCCUUUAAGCAUCUACCUCACUAUUAUGCAGAGAAUGUUCCAAUGGAACAUCUUUGCCUCCUACAUGGUUGGUCCCUGCGCUCUGAACCUCGUCGUGUAUUUGAUGCCAUCAUCUUUAGCAAUGAGCUAGACAUUCUUGAGAUCAGAUGGCGUGAGCUUCAUCCUUACAUCACUAAAUUUGUAAUCCUUGAGUCAAACACCACUUUCACUGGCAUCCCCAAGCCUCUCUUCUUUGACUCAAACCGGUCUAGAUUUGCCUUUGCGAAGGAGAAGAUUGUCCAUGGUAUUUUUUCAGGCCGAAAAGCUGCCCGUGGAAAACACGAAGACCCUUUUGUACUUGAGUCUGAGCAGCGGAAAGCUAUGAGUGGUUUGCUCCGCAGAUCAGGAAUUUCCACUGGUGACUUGAUCAUUAUGUCAGAUGCUGAUGAGAUUCCAAGCCCACACACAGUGAAACUACUUCAGUGGUGUGAGGAAAUUCCACAUACCGUACACCUGGAGCUGAAGCACUACCUGUACUCAUUUGAGUUCCCUGUAGAUUACAGUAGCUGGCGGGCCUCAAUUCAUAUUUUUGGCCCUCAGACCGGAUACCGGCAUUCGCGCCAAACUGACCUUAUUCUUUCUGAUUCUGGGUGGCAUUGUAGUUUUUGUUUUCGCCGACUUCAGGAAUUUGUGUUUAAGAUGACUGCUUAUAGCCAUGCAGAUAGAGUCAGGAGGAAAGAUUUUUUGAACUACUCUAGAAUUCAGAAACUUAUUUGCAGGGGCGAAGAUCUCUUUGACAUGCUACCUGAGGAGUACACGUUUCGGGAGCUGAUUACAAAGAUGGGACCAAUACACCCUUCAGCUUCUGCAAUUCAUCUUCCAUCAUAUUUGAUAGAGAAUGCGGAUAGGUUUAGGUUUCUUCUUCCUGGGGGUUGUUUACGGUCACAGGAACGAAGGCAUGAAGGGUUUGGCAAAGCCCAAAUUGAGUAA